GACGUUUACGGUAGUUCUGGGCUGGGCACGGAAAGCUUUGAUGCGUUAAACUUGCGUACGGAAUGACACCAGUCUGAAAAACCGAACGUAAAACAUGAGUGGGGGCUACGAUGUGGACCUCUUCGUGGACACCCCACACCAUGACCUCAUCUGUCCAAUAUGCCAUGGAGUUUUCAGGUGUCCGGUGACAGCUGUGUGUAGCCAUGUCUUCUGUAGGAACUGCAUUCUGGAAUGGAUCAAGAGGCAGGAGACGUGUCCUUACUGCAGACAUCCUGUCAGUCAGAGCUCCAUAUCUGGAAUGUGUAAACUUAGCACAUCCAUCAGCCGCUUAUGGAUUAAGUGUAAAAACAAGGCCCAGGGGUGUGAUGCCACCUUCCCCCUCUCAGAGGAGUGCUUGCACAGUGUGGUAUGCCAGUAUGAGCUGAUCCUGUGCCCCCAUCAUGGCUGCGGGAUGCAGCUGCCGCGCCGACACCUGGGGGGCCACAUGCAGAGCUGCAGACGCUGGAGGGGACCUUGCUGCUCGGGCUGCGGCACCCCGUUUUCCCACCACAUGCAGACUCAGCAGAACUGCUACCGGCAGCUGCGGCAGGAGCUCGAGAGCCGGUGGGAGAUGCACCGCAUCAUCGCUGCUGACUUGCAGCGGAAGAUGAGGAGGAUCCAGAACACUGUGGUCCACAUGAGGAGGCAGGUUAAUCUAAUCUGCCAGAGUCUGGAGGUCAUGAACAAGCAGGAGGUUGCUAGGAGCACAGGAGGCAACAGCGGUUGUGCUUUGUAACAGUAACAGCAGUGCCUUACGGCUAGAAAGUGAGUACAGGUCUUCAGCACCGUCCCAGCAUAAGGCAGCUCUCUUCAGGUUUUCAUUGGAUUAAUAAUGUAUUUCUGCGGAAAAAUGUAUUUCUAAACCAACCUGGAUCGAGUGAAGGGCUGAGCUGGCAGAGCCCAUGUGAGCUGUAGUCCUCCAGGUUUUCUAGUACAGUACAGACUAUACAGGUGAAGUACCAUUACACCAUCAAGUGGCUACCAUGGGAAAGAGUGCAUAAGCUACUUUUUUAUUUUUUCCCAACUAUUUUAUUGUCACCACUAACAUUUUUUUUUUUUUUAAAUAAACAACACCACACCAUACAAGUCUUAUAGAACAUGAUUUUCCACCGUUUUCAUAAAGUCUUAGAAGAUCCCCUCAUCAUCUCAUCACCUACAUGGCACAAGGAAUGGAUAUUGGGUACCACAACUGAAUUACGUUAAUUUGUCUUGGUCACGAGCUUGUAUUGUCAUACUAACGCUGACAAGAAUGUAAAAAUCCUGUCCAAAAUUUGUUAAUCGUGAAAAUAUUUUUUUUAAACCCUUGAUUUAUUAAACUUAAA